AUGCGGGCAUUGACUUCUUACAAGAAUAGAGUUGUGUACAUUACACAGGACACUGAAGCUAUGAAGCGUAUGUCUAUGCCGAAUAUGAAAAAGAACAUAGAAUCAGCGAAUAUUGUUAAAUCUACAGCUUAUAUUAAACAGGGAAAACCAUUUGAUGAAGAUCUGGGUGAAAUCGCAGUUGUCAGUAAUGCUGCACCGGAGAAUGUUAAAUAUGGGAGAGGUACUCUAACCUGUAACGGGCCUCGUGUGAUCCCAGGUAUCAUCACCUCUACACGCACAGAGAGCGCGCGGGUCUUGUCGGAACAGCGACUUACUGUCAGUAGCCCACGCAUGCGCACAGUCUCACCCCUUAAGUCUACUAAAUCUUCCGAAAACUUGAAAACGAAAUCGGCAUCGAGACAAAGCCUCCUGGAAACUGUGGCCAGUAAACUCUACACGGGAGAUAUAAAGCGCCGAUCACGUGACUCCAUGACCUUCGUGAAUAAAGUUCGCCACAAUCCCGAAUUAGAAAUUUCUCGCAAAACAAGAGAGCAAAGGAGAAAGGAGAUCAAGAGAGAGUUUGAGAAGUGGGAAACAUCAACUUCAGGCAGCGACAGAAACGGUUGUAGUUGGAAUUUUGUUCUUGAUCCAUCGGGUAGACUUUGUUAUUAUUGGUCCAUGAUUGUAAGUGUGGCUUUCCUCUAUAAUUUCUGGGUGAUUAUCUAUCGUUUUGCCUUCCAAGAGAUUAAUACACAAACUAUAGUGGCCUGGUUUACUCUGGAUUAUAUUGCUGAUUUCCUUUACGUUAUUGAUAUCUGUUUCCAUUUUCAGACUGGAUAUUUAGAAGAAGGGGUUUUGCAGACGGACUAUGACAAACUCAGAAAACACUACAUGAACUCUACCAUGUUUUACAUUGAUUGUCUGUGUCUUCUCCCAUUAGACUUUCUGUAUCUAUCCAUUGGUUUUAACUCGAUUCUUCGGUGCCUUCGUCUGGUAAAGAUUUAUCGCUUUUGGGCUUUCCUCGAUAGAACAGAGAGACACACCAACUAUCCAAACAUCUUUCGAACUCUCUCUCUUAUCCACUAUCUCCUGGUUAUAUUUCAUUGGAAUGCUUGUCUGUUUCACAUCAUCUCUAUAAAUGGUGGGUUUGGUUCGCGCAAUUGGUUUAAUCCACGUGGUGAAAACUGCAUCGAUGUCCUUUGUGAAUAUCUUCACUCCUUUUAUUGGAGCACGCUGGCCUGGACGACAAUAGGAGACCUACCCCGGCCGAGGACUACAGAAGAGUACCUCUUUCUUGUACUGGAACUGGUAUUUGGAUUAUUUCUCUUUGCUGCUGUCCUGGGCCACGUGGCUAAUAUUGUGACAAACGUUAGUGCCGCUAGAAAAGAGUUUCAAGCAAAGUUGGAUGCAGUCAAAACCUACAUGCGCAUGCGCAGAGUACCCGAUCAUCUUCAAAACAAAGUCAUCAAAUGGUUUGAUUACUUGUGGAUGACCCAGAAAUCAUCUGAUGAAGAAAGGUCUGUUGGCUUCCUUCCAGACAAACUUAAAGCCGAAAUUGCCAUCCACGUACACUUGGACACUCUGAAACGGGUAGAGAUCUUUCAGAAUACAGAAGCAGGUUUUCUCUGUGAGCUGGUGUUAAGGUUGAGACCCGUUCUCUUUAGCCCAGGGGACUACAUUUGUCGAAAAGGAGAAGUGGGAAAGGAAAUGUACAUAGUGAAUCGCGGCCGUCUUCAAGUGGUCACGGACAGUGGAAAAACCGUUCUAGCUUCACUCAGAGCAGGAAGUUACUUUGGUGAAAUCAGCAUAUUAAAUAUGGGCACAGCCGGAAACCGCCGAACGGCUUCAGUACGUUCCGUUGGUUAUUCGGAUCUUUUCUGUUUAUAUAAAAAAGAUAUGUGGGAUGUGUUGAAAGAUUACCCGGCGGCCAGAAUCCGACUGGAGGCCAUAGCUGUUAAGAGGUUAGAAAAAUACAGGAAAGGACCUUUGAGAAAAAUUGCUGUAGGUAGAAGCAGAAGCACCCCAGGGCUGGUUGAAUCUCAUGGCAAGUUGCCUGUAGAGGAAAUUCAGAUGGCGCAACGUGCUGCAUAUUUUUUGUCAGAUUACGAUAUUCAUGAAGCAAACGAAGAUACUGUUCCUUUAAGUUCAAUGGAUUAUAAGACCAGUAAUAAUACAAAGUGCAAUGUAGAAUCAGAAGCCAACGUUCAUUCUCAUUACCAGACGUUGGGGUCAUUUUCUCCAGUUUUUUGCACACCUGAGUCUCCAAGACCAACAUCCACUCACCCUAUUUUAAGUGACGAUUACAAAGAUCCAAUUAGUGGGUUUAGGAGAGUAUCUCCAGUCAAUUUCCUUUACCCCAGUCCAUCAUCCCCAUAUUUUUUCCAUUCCACACCUCCCAACACAUUGGAUGUUUCUCCUUUGACAAAUUACUCAGCAUUAGGUCCAGUCAAAGUAGACCGCAAGUUUUUGGUUGAACCAGGAUCUAAUUCCAGUCAACUCUUUGCCCCUUCACUGAAUUUGGACGACAGAGAAAAUGUAAGGCCCUUCAGUAUCCAAACUUCCAGUGAAAACCAUCAGGAGGUGUCAGUAGUUGAAAUUAAACAUCUAAGAGAACGACUUGUAACACUGGAAGCCGAAAAUGCGUCCAUGAGUCUGAAACUUAAUAAGCGUCAACAACAAGUAGAAAACAGACUUUCUGAAAUAGAGCUACAAAUCUGUGGAGCUGGAAGUGGUGCUAAUAGCUCUAGUAGCGGGAACAGUAAUGGCAGUGACAGAAAUCGAGAGUCUCUCAUAUAG